CUUUGCUGCCAAUCCUCCCUUGAUGUCUUCUGUCUCGUUUGGCUUUUUUUGCAAUAGGAAGAAAGUCGUAGAAGAAACAAAAGGAAACUAAUCCUCAGACCUCGAAUCCAAACCUAAAUCUCUGUUCCCCCGAAGUUGCUUCCUUUCUUCUUUCUCGCUCAACAACACUUAUUGCGUGGAUCUGCUUCAAUCGAUUCCUGUGGAUUGCUCUUCUGGUCUUGGAUCGAUCUGGUUUGAGAUGAACAAGGGAGAGGAGGAGGAGGAAGAAAGCGGGAUGGAUGCCUCUCCUUGUUCAUCCUUACAUUACUCCUCCUGCGGCGAAUCUGAGUUUGAUCGGUAUUGUAGUGCCAACUCGGCUUUGGGAACCCCAAGUGUGUGCGGCUCCACUGGCCCAUUUCACGAUUCCUUGGAUUCUGAUUUUGACAGUUUUACCUUGGGACCAACUCCAAAGCUCUCUUCUUCUUUCGGUAAGACACGGUUACGUGAUGGAGAGAGAGUUGUUAGUUCAGGCGAGACAAGCACCCAGAACCUGAACACCGACAUUAUUAUCCAAGAAACUGAUGAUUUGAUUGGUCCUAAGGUUUGUGAUGACAUGAAUAAUCAGUUGAGUGAUGUGGAUGAGGAUUCUGAUGAUUCACUUCCAGAUACUGGUAAUCAUUUUAAUCUACACCAUAAAGAGGAGGAGUCUAAAGCUGAGAACCAUAACCCUUUUCUCAUCACUUCCUCCACUGCCUUUGGUACUAAUGAUUGGGAUGAGUUUGAGCUUCAAGCUACAGAACUUAAUCACACUCCUUUUGACUUCAGCUGCUUUCAGGAGCCUCAUCAAGGGAUGAUAUCCACUAAGCUUCCAGAUGUGGUGUCUCAACCAGGAAAAGGGAUCCUAACCCUGGUGGGUGCUCCAGAUUUAGGUGAAAAUAUUGAAGAUUUAACUGUCCUGAACCAAAGGGAGCAAGGUGGUGUAGCAACAGACAGCAUAACUGUCAGAGGUUCUGGAGACCUGAGCGUUGGUAUAAAAACGUUGCUGGUUCCUCAAUCGCUGGUAAAAGAAGAGUUUGUUCCAGAUAGACCUGUAGCCAUGAACUACCUUCAGUCUUGUGAUGCUGAUGGUGUCCUGGAUAUCACACCAGUUGAGUUGGGAAACGAAGAUUCUUCAUGUGGGAUGAUUGGCGAUCUUGAUGGAAAUGUUUCUGUUGGACUACUUCACGAAUCAUCUGAGAAUGCGAAACAGUCAUUUGGAGAGUGCACCUCAGAACCUUUGUUGGCAUCUUCCAACUCUGAUAAGCCAUCAUCUACAGAUUCUCAUCCUGUAAUAAAUUCCUUACAAGUCAAUAACACCCAACCUAAGAAGGAGAACACAGAACUUAACGAGUUCUAUGAUGAUUUUGUUCACGAUAUGGAAGAUAUACUGCUGGACUCUGGUGAAUCAUCUGGGGCAAGGUAUUCUAAGAGUGACAAGAUGUUCCAGCUACACCUCUCUCUUCCUAACAGGGAUGGGGGACAAACUGCUACAACCUCUGGUCUAGAGGAUUCAUCUCCAACAGUCUCCCAGAGGUUUAGGAUUGACAGGGUAGAAGUUGUCGGGGUGAAGCAAAAGAAAGGUGAUGUCUCGUUGAGUGAGAGGUUGGUUGGGGUGAAGGAAUACACAGUGUAUGUCAUAAGGGUUUGGAGUGGGAGGGACAAGUGGGAAAUUGAAAGAAGAUACCGUGAUUUUUAUAGUCUCUACCGUCGGUUGACAUCUUUAUUCACUGAUCAGGGAUGGACGCUUCCUACACCUUGGGCCUCUGUGGAAAGAGAAUCCAGGAAAAUAUUUGGAACAUCUCCCAAUGCAGUUGCUGAAAGGACAGUCCUUAUUCAAGAUUGUUUAAACUCAGUUCUUCGGUCCCGUUUCUUCCCCACACUUCCAAAUGCUUUACUUCGGUUUUUGUCCCCUCAAGAUGCAAGCUCUUCUGGAUCGGAUUCUAUGAUGUCUCCAACAGGUUCUGCUGGUGUCACUUUUGCUGCGACCAGUUCUUCCUAUGGAAAUACCAUCUCGCUCAUUGUUGAUAUUCGACCUCACAAAACAGUGAAGCAGCUGCUAGAAGCUCAGCAUUACAUUUGCGCUGGAUGCCACAGAUACUUUGAUGAUGGGGCCACUCUUGUGCGGGACUUUGUCAAGGCUCUUGGAUGGGGCAAGCCUCGGCUUUGCGAAUAUACUGGUCAAUUGUUUUGUUCUUCCUGCCAUACGAAUGACAUGUCUGUCCUGCCAGCGAGAGUACUACAUCAUUGGGAUUUUAAUCCUUAUCCAGUUUCUCAACUGGCAAAAUCAUAUCUGGACUCCAUACAUGAGCAGCCUAUGCUAUGUGUCAGUGCGGUCAAUCCUUUUCUGUCCUCCAAGGUCCCUGCACUGAACCAUAUUAUGAGCAUCCGGAAAAGAAUAACCAUUAUGCUUCCAUAUGUACACUGUCCAUUCCGCAAGACACUCAACAAAGGACUCAGCACUCGGAGACACCUUCUUGAGAGCACUGAUUUUUUUGCUUUAAGAGAUCUAAUUGAUCUUUCUAAAGGGCCAUUUGCAGCACUUCCUGCAAUCGUGGAGACCGUUAGGAAGAAAAUUCUGGAGCAUAUAACAGAACAGUGCCUUGUUUGUUGCGAUGUGGGGGUUCCCUGUAACGCCAGACAAGCUUGUGACGACACAUCCUCUUUAAUAUUUCCAUUCCAGCAGGAAGAUGAGGUUAAGAAAUGCCGGUCGUGCGGCUUGGUUUACCACAAGAGAUGUUUCUCGAGACUGUCAAACUGCCAUUGCGGAACACAACUAAAGCCAAACAAGAGCUCUGCAGAGCUGCAAGUUUCAGAGAAGAAAUCAGAUUCCACGUCUGUCUUGCCUCUGAGAUUCCUCUCGGGUUUAUUUGGAAAGACAAAAAAAGACUCAGAAACCACUAUUCUAAUGGGUUCGCUUCCAACCAAUGAUCUAUAAACUAUAGGUCCGUUUUUUUAAUGUAUUUGUAUGUCUGUGUUUAUGUAAACCUUUGCCAUCUGUAACGUAAGCCUCAUGUGUUAAUCCUAAUUUCUUUUACAUUUUCUUGUAAAGAAAAGGAUAAUAAAGUGCUGUCUAGUGAAUUUUCUUUCUAUACAAUAUGACAAAAACGACUGAUAAUGAUGUAUAUUAGAUC